AUGCGAGACAGCGAGUACGCAUCUACCGACCCGCAGAAGAUGUUGACGCAGGAACGCGUCUGCAUCCGGGAAAACGCAGUGAGGCUGGCUGUCCCAUUCUCCAAAACAAUGCAACUGGGAGAGGGCAGCAAUGUGACGGUCGGCGCCACCAACAAUAACACCUGCCCGGUAGCCGCAUUGGGGAAGUACGCACAGCUGCGCCCCCAAGUACUGGGAGCCUAUUUCCGCUACCAGUCUCGCCAGCCGCUUCGCCCCUCGGACAUGAACGACUUACUCCGCCGAGCUCUCCCUAGCCAGAAGAUCUCCAGCCAUAGCCUGCAUAUCGGUGCAGUAAAUGCCGCCGGAAGGAAUGACCUGCCACCUUACGUCAUCCAAAGGGCCGGCCGAUGGCGGAGCAACGCUGACCUCUGA